UCAAGGGUAAAAUUAUGACCUCGAACUUUGUCAACCAUCAAACGCCAAUCACCGGUACAGUAUCAAGUCAUCGUCACUGGAUCCUGUUGUUUCAGUCCAAAGAUCACCGCCCAAAUAGCCCAUAUCUCUAUCUCUGAGUUUAGUCGCUGUGGUGGGGAAGUCCCAGGUUGUAGAAAUCUGCAAUCAACUAAAUCUCGAAUUCCAGGAGCUGUAUUCAAUCUGUGAAUAUUGAGAUUGGUUUUGGCCUUUUUUCAUAUGGAUUCAACUCAAAAUAUUGUAUAUUAUUGCUGUGUACUGAAGGGGGAUCGAGUUUUGUACGCCUAUAAUGAUGCAGACCAUGAAAUUGAGAACUUGGCUGCAUUGUGCUUAGAGAUGACUCCUCCCUAUCACAGAUGGUAUUUUCAGACAAUGAAUAAGAAAACAUUUGGGUUCCUGAUGGAGGAUGGCUGUGUGUAUUUCGCUAUAGUGAAUGAGAGUCUUGGCAACCCGGGAUUUCUUCGGUUUUUAGAAAAUUUGAAGGAUGAAUUUAGAAAGGUGGCCAAAAGAAGUUCAAACAGGAGUAUGUCUAAUCUGAAUUCUGUGUGUCUACAAGAACAAUUGGUUCCGGCCAUAAAAAGUAUGGUUGCCUCAUUGGAGCAACUCUCAGUUACGGGUUCUGAGUGGCAGGCUGAGACUAGUGAGCUCUCUCCUUCGCCAGGUAACAAUGCCAAUGGUCCGAUAGAGACCCGUGCAUCUUCUACAAAAGCCCCUUUAUUGGGAAAGCUGAGCAAGCAAGAGAAAAAGCAAAUGAAGGAACAUGUAAUUGUUAUGAAACAUAUUGAAUUGGAGGAACAUCGGAAAUCUACAGAUAGAGUAAUGGUUGAUUCAGGAGCUAUAGAUUCUAACGACCAAGGUCCAUCAGUUUCUCCAGUCUCGUUGCAUAAGGAUAUUGGAUCGAUGAGAAGGUCGAGCUCUCAAAACUUCCAAAAAAAAUGGUGUCGCCAUGUGCGGAUUGUUCUUGCCAUUGAUGCUUUAGUGUGUCUUGUGUUAUUCUUAGUUUGGUUAGGUAUAUGCCAUGGUGUGAAGUGCAUUCGUUAGAGUUCCCUUUUGUUCGUCCCUGACUUUGAGCCUUAUCACCAUCUUGAACGGAAGCCAGAGUUUCCAAUUCAAGAUUACCAAGGCUUUGUUAUGCAAAUUUCAAAGCCUACCCGGGUACACAGGUGGACAUAUUGUGAUGCAUCAAGUGCUUUGUGUGUCUUAAAAGGUAUAACCUUCAAAUUUCGCGUUGUGGCUUCAUAAUUCAUCUUUUACAGUUAUUAUCUUUUUA